CAAGAUAUGGCUUUCAAAAGAAGAGGCUAGAAUUAAGCAUGUGUCACAAAUCUAAGCUUUUAGAUGGUCUAUAUCCAAGACUCACCAUAUUUAUAGUUCCAACAUAUCAUAGUCAUCAGAGGAAAUUAGGGGCAAAUAUAACAUGAUUCAGCCAUAAGAUCCAAAUCCUUCUCAUAAGGACUCGUUCAAUAACCCCACAUUUUUACCAUUUGCCAAGCAUCACCUUUCCAAAUUAAGGUUACCAAUCGCUUGUUCAUACUCCUAUAACAAAGAAAAAUUGAAAAAAAAAAAAAAGAAAAAAGGAUUACUGAUCUCAUCUCCUAGAAAAGAAAAGUUAACACAGUCUAGCCAAUGGUAUAUGCUACCAUUUUUAUUCAAUGUCAACAUAUUCUUCUAAUGUUGCUCAUCCAGCCUACAAUCCCCCAGUGCCUGUAAUCAUAACAGUAAUUUUCCUCCUUUCAUUCUUAUUUGGUUUCUUCACAGUACACUUUUUAAAGUGUCUCCUUGAAUAUAUUGCAAGUAAUAGGAACAUUGAGGCUAACACUGCUGCAGAUGUUGUGGUUGCUGCUGCCCCAGAAGAUACAGCAAAUAAAAGCAAUGGCCUUGAUCCUGAACUAGUACAAGCUUUCCCAACGUUCUAUUAUUCGACCGUCAAAGAGUUUCGUCGCGAAAAGUACGGCCUAGAAUGUGCUAUUUGUUUGGGGGAGUUCGUAGAUGACGAUAUGCUUCGACUUUUGACGAUUUGUUGCCAUGUUUUCCACAAAGAAUGUGUCGAUCUUUGGCUUGAAUCGAAUAAAACAUGCCCGGUUUGCCGUGGCGAGCUAGACGUGCCUAGAAAAUCGUUAGAGAAAUCUCCUGUGCUGCUUCAGAGUAAUUCCAUGCAUCAAAUUGGGGCAAAUCAAAGUCCUCUACAAAAUGCUGUUUGCAUUGAGAUUAAAGAAGAUAACAAGGAGAAAGCUGAUGAAGCACAAAGCUCUUCAACCACAAAAGAACAUCACAAGAAACGUGAAGGAGUGGAAAGAUUUUUUAGGUCAAAUUCCACAGGCCACUCCAUAUUUAGAACUAGAGAAGAAGAUGACAAAUAUACUCUAAGAUUGCUUGACCAUGUCAAAAUAAAAAUUUUAAGGGGACAUAAAGCUGCAAUAAGUUGUAUAUCAUUUAGAGAUUUUACAAGCCCCUUGAAUUCCAAAAAUGCAGCUUCAGGUGAAACAUCAGAGUCACUUCAAGGUGACUUAGAUAAAGUAUAAGUUCAUGUAGGCUCCUUUCUUCAAUUAUCUUAGGAUAUUCUAAAUAGAAUUUGAACUCAUGCCUUCCUAUUACAAUAAACUCGGGAAAAAAAAUAAACGAAUUCAUUGUGAA